GGCGCAAAUAAAACGUGUAGUAGUACGUUGAGGACUUCCGCGUGGUUUGGUGGCCUGCAGGACUGCAACAUUCAAAUCAUUGUGGUAUUCUAUUGAAGCAGGACGUUGAACUUUUGAAAACCAACUAUGGAUGCCAUUUUCAGUCGCGGAAGCGCUCAGGUGAAGUGCGAGGAGCAUGCUGAUGAACAUGAAAACGAAGACAUUCUACCCCGCUACAUACUCCCAGACGACGGUCCGAACAUUACACCGACCCCCGAUGUAUCGGCGUUUGAGGGAGGCGUGACCGCAGGCUCUUCAACAUCGUCGUUGUCGAGCGUGGCGGCUGAGGACGGAAGGGAAUUGGACUUUUGCGUGACGAAGUCAGAAGAAGGCGAAGGCGAAGGCGAAGGCGAAGAAGAAGUUCCUCUGACCACCGCUGCGGAGUUAAAUAUCAAAGUAGAAGAAGAGCCCGAAUGGGCGGCCCCCGCGCUCAACUGCGCCCUCUGUAGCUUCAGUUGCUCGAAUCGGGACGACCUUGACCUCCACGUCAGCAGCGACCACCAGCGCCAGCGUGUGACGACCGCCUCCAAGUGCCUGUGCCCGCCUGAUGUCGAGUGCCACUGCAGAGCAGACCGCGGAGACCAGGAGACCGCCCAGGAGACCCAGGCGGCCGGCGGCUCGAACUGGGGCGGGACGGCAGGGUCGGAGAGACGCAGCGCUGGACCGAGGCAUCCGUGUCAGCUGUGCGGCAAGACCUUCCUCCGGCGGGGGCAGCUUCGGCUACACCUGGAGUCGCACUCAGUGGUCCGUCGGUUCGCCUGCACGCUGUGCGACAAGUCGUUCAAGUCCAAGUCGUACCUGACGGUGCACACGCGGAAGCAUUCCGACGAAAGUCCGUUCGCCUGUUCACACUGCGACAAGGCCUUCAAGGCACAGGCCAGUCUGACCUUGCACAUGCGUAUCCACACGGGCAAACCGUACGCGUGCGAGCUCUGUGGCCUGCGCUUCAGUCAGAAGUGCACCAUGACCCUGCACGCGCGCACGCACACGGGCAGGAAGCUUUUCGAUUGCGCCGUGUGCAGCAAGUCCUUCGGCAGGAAAGCGGCGCUUUUACUGCACGCGUGGACACACGUGGACCAGAAGCCACUGGGCUGCGAUACGUGCGGCAAGACGUACAUCCGCCGUGACCACCUGACCGCGCACAUGCACUCGCAUGCGAGCGUGAAGCCCUUCAGCUGCGAGACGUGUGACAAGACGUUUGGCCGGCGUGACCACCUGGCCAACCACGUGCUCACGCACGUCGGCGACAGGCUCUUCGGCUGCGACGCGUGCGGGAAGAAGUUCAAAAGCCGCGGCACACUGGCCGUUCAUGGCCGCGUGCAUGCGGCAAAGAAGAGGUUCGGUUGCCGGACUUGCGGCGAGAUGUUCCGCUUUAAGAAGACGCUCAAGGCGCACAGGGCGACCGAGUGCUGAGAGGCAAACAGGCAGCUGGACUGUCGGCUCCUGUCGCCUCCCGAGCGUCAGGGCUUGUCCGGCGUCGUUCGCCGCUGAAGGCUGCAGCAGUUGGUCUGCGGAGGAUUACCCCUCGAUUUUUGAAGGAGCGGGAUUCUAAUGAACACAUCCCGUAAGCGGACGCCGCUUCGGAUUCAGAAAUUAUGAUCUUGGCGAGCUUAUAGGACUUGUCUGCCACUUUUAGAAGACGUCGCCAUUUUCCAUGUAUUGCGUUUGGGUGAUGAUGAUACAAAGCCAAUACUAUGCAAGCGUUACUGCUGUUCGUUGCUUACUUUGUGGGGCGCUGCGGGACUCCUACCUCCUUGUGUACUUAUGGGUUAGCGCUCUGAUGAAUACGAUGCAUGAUCUAGUGUUUACUGAGGUAUCUAGCUGACCCGCCGCGAGGGCGUCAUGCGUUUUCAAGGGUGAAUUAUGCAAAUAGGUCAUUACGGCCCAUGGGCAGUUUACUUUACCGGCCGGGGGCCAUCCCACAACGACAUCGUGUGGAGAUGGUCCCACCUCCUGGGCACGACUAGAGACCUUUUGAAUUAGACGCCGUAAGUUUGCCGUUGUGGCCGGCCCACUGGCAUUGAGUGAGACGCUGUCGUCGGCCGACCGAAUUAAAUGGGUUCCGUCGUCGGACAAGCGCGUUGUACUGCCCAGUGAUAGUCGCUAGCAGCGGCGCUAUCGCGAUCUCUGCGCGCGUUCAUCAGCCCUUUUUCCAGGCCGCCGUACGCCGGACACGCUGUCCAGUGGUGGUCGCUGCCGGCCGGUCGCAGUUAGCAACGCGCUGUCAAGAUUGGAAAAAGAGCGAUGAAGAUGUGAUUUUAACGAAAAGGUCAUGUUGGCGAGUGCGCGUUUUACGUUGUCAGCCGUUAGCGCUCCUAUCAUGGCAUCGUGCGCACGUUAUCUCACCCGUCGCGCGCGACUUGGAGCAUUUUAAGGCGCGUCGCUACCUGUUGCGGACGUUGA